UACGUGGGAUGUGGCUAAUGAUAUGACUAGUGCCAUUUUAUUGUGAGAGUGUUUGAUAUAAGUAUAGACGCCAUUAAAGCAUUCGAAGUAAAUUUGUAUUUAUUUACGAAUUAGAUUGUUUAUUUGUUAGUUUUCGGUUGUUUAUUAAAAAGGCUGUUUGAAAGUGCCGUCGUGUUUUGGCUGUUUUUAAUUUUAUACAUCUGAAGCGUCGAAUUUUUAAUUGUUCAUCAUGGAUAUGAGCUCUCGUGUUUUCGUCGGCGGUUUAACGUACCGCGUUCGAGAACGAGACUUAGAAAAGUUUUUUCGUAAAUAUGGUAGAAUAAAGGAGAUUGCAAUUAAAAAUGGUUUUGCUUUCGUGGAGUUUGAUGACUACAGAGAUGCUGAAGAUGCGGUUUAUGAAUUAAACGGUCGUGAACUAUUGGGUGAAAGAGUAUCCGUUGAACGUGCUCGUGGAACACCCAGAGGUAGUGAUCGCUGGCGUGGGGGUGGUGGCGGAGGCGGUGGUGGUCGGUCAUAUGAUCCACCACCAAGAAUGCGUAGUCGUGAAAGGAUGGAUUCAAGAUAUGGUCCACCAACUCGAACUGAAUACAGAGUGAUUGUAGAAAAUUUAUCAAGCAGGGUCAGUUGGCAGGAUCUUAAGGACUACAUGCGUCAAGCUGGAGAAGUUACAUAUGCAGAUGCGCAUAAACGCAAGAAUGAAGGACUUGUUGAAUUCGCUACAUACUCGGACAUGAAAAAAGCAAUUGAUAAAUUGGACAACACCGAAAUAAAUGGACGUAGAAUUCGUGUAAUCGAAGAUAAGUUCUCUGGUGGACGUCGUUCACGUUCUUCCGAUAGUCGAUCAAGAUCUCGAUCGCGUUCACAUCGUCGUUCACGAUCCAGAAGUCCUCAUUCUUCUAGCCGUAGCGGUUCUCGACGUAGUCGUUCAAAAUCACGUGAUCGUUCAAAGAGUAAGUCACGUUCACGAUCCCGCCCUCGUUCAGAAUCAAAACGUUCCAAGUCACGAUCAGUUUCAAAAGCUAAAGAAGAAUCCAAUGAUAGAUCUCAUUCAAGAUCACGUUCAGGCAGUCGAGAUCAUAGUAAAUCUCGAAGUCGGAGUCGAAGCCGAAGUCAUUCAGCCGACAAUGCUGAGGCUGACCGUAAUGGUGAUUAAACUUCAUCCUAAUAUGAAAAUGUUUUUUCAUUUUACAUAUUAAUGAUAUAAUAUUAAGUCUUAAAAAUUAUAUAAGUUUUUUAUUGCCACACACAAACCAAACUUUAUUUUAAAUU